AUGAGUGGUGGUUUAGGGAAGAGAGGAGUGAGGGAGGGAGAAACGUUGACGAAGAAGACCCCAAUAUGUGGACGUGAAUUAUCUUUAAUUUGGAGUGUUCGUAUUUGAUUGUGUUGGUGUAAUGUAAAGCAACAAAGUCAAACUAAAAGUCUACUACUCUCGGAGAUAAAAUUUUUCACUCCACCACGUUCAACACAGAACGAAAAACUGAGAGGGAGAGAGAGAGAUGUUCAUGGAAAUAUUAUACAGUAUAUUGGCAAUCUUUUGCGCUGCUUUUCUCUCACAUAAUGCUUGGAAAUUCUUGAUGAGGGUUUGGUUUGAGCCAAGAAAGCUGGAAAAACGGCUGAGGCAAGAGGGUUUCAGUGGAAACAGCUACAGAUUUAUGAUCGGCGACUCCAAACAAAUAGCCGCCGCCAAACAAGCCAACUCCAAACCCAUCGCUUUUUCCAAUGAUAUAGCACCUCGUGUCAUCCCCUUUAUUCACCACUCCCUUCUAAAAUACGGUGAGAACUGUUUCAUAUGGUAUGGCUCAAAGCCUACUAUAGUUAUCUUGGAUCAAGAAAUGAUAAAAGAGAUUCUGUCCAAGAAUUAUGUUUUUCAGAAGACUUCUACUCCACUAGAUAAGCUGCUAGCACAAGGCGUGGCAACGUACGAAGCAGAUAAAUGGGCAAAGCAUAGAAGACUACUAAAUCCUGCUUUUCAUCUAGAGAAAUUGAAGCUUAUGCUUCCGUCGUUUUACUUGAGCUGUGGUGAAAUGUUGAGCAAAUUGGAAAAUAUGAUACCAAGUGAGGGAGCAUGUGAGGUGGAUGUGUGGCCUCAUCUUCAAGCCCUCACGAGCGAUGUGAUCUCGCGCACUGCGUUUGGGAGCAACUACGAAGAAGGUGGAAAGAUAUUCGAGCUCCUGAAAGAGCAAGGCGCGCUCUUGUUCAAGGCGUUUCAAAUGCUUUACAUCCCGGGUUGGAGAUUUUUGCCAACCAGAACAAACAAAAGGAUGAAGGAAAUAGCCAUGGAAGUGGACUCAUUAGUUCUAGGCAUCAUCAAUAAAAGAAUGCAAAUGAUUGAAGCAGGGGAAGUAACAGAGUCCAGUGACUUGCUUGGAAUAUUGUUGGAGUCCAAUUUCAAGGAGAUCCAGAAGAAUGGUGAAAAUCUUGGGAUGAGCUUGCGCGAGGUGAUUGAUGAGUGCAAACUCUUCUACCUUGCCGGGCAGGAAACAACGUCUGCCCUGCUCGUGUGGACAAUGAUUCUGCUGAGCAAGCAUCCGGACUGGCAGGCUCGUGCCAGAGACGAGGUCCUGCAAGUUCUUGGCAGCCAUGAGCCAGAUUUCCAAGAGCUGAGCCGCCUCCAGAUUGUGACAAUGAUUUUUCACGAGGUUAUGAGAUUGUAUCCGGGAGCAGCUAUUCUGAGACGAACCAUUCAUAAGGAGACGACGCUAGGGAAUGUGAGCCUCCCUGCUGGAGUGAACCUCUUCCUACCUACACUGCUACUGCAACAUGACUGCAAGAUAUGGGGAGAAGAUGCAAAGGAAUUCAAUCCGGAGAGGUUUAGAGAAGGCGUUUCCAAGGCAACGAGAGGGCAGCUCAUGUACUACCCGUUUGGUAGAGGCCCUCGGAUAUGCAUUGGACAGAACUUUGCCAUGCUACAAGCAAAAAUGGCACUGGCCCUCAUCCUGAAGCAUUAUUCUUUCGAGCUUUCUCCUUCGUAUGCCCACGCGCCUUAUCUGGUAUUGUCGGUCCAACCUCAAUACGGCGCUCCAUUGAUCAUGCACAGACUCCAUUAGGCCUUGCUGCAAACUGUGUUUUAAUUUGUUGUUGUUAUGAGCAUAUAUAUCUCUCUCUGUGUUUCCAAUGUUUGUGAUAUGAGGCAUCAUAGCAUGCUUAAAACAUACAUUUCUUUGUAUAAAUCAAGGGAAUGUGUAUUUGCCUAA